ACACUCAGUUUGUCCUGAACGCAGCAAGAGAGAAGAGGGACAUGGAGCAGAGACAUGCUGCGAUCAAGAAAAAGGACGUCUCCUACGAUGACUCCAUCAUGGAUUUCAAUGCAGACGCAGCUAAUGGGAUUGCCAUGGAAGGAUACCUCUAUAAGAGAGCCAGCAACGCCUUCAAGACCUGGAGCAGACGCUGGUUCUCAAUUCAAAAGAAUCAGCUGGUUUAUCAGAAGAAAUUCAAGGAUCAGCCCACAGUUGUGGUGGAGGACUUGCGUCUCUGCACAGUGAAGCACAGCGCUGAAAACGAGAGGCGCUUCUGCUUUGAAGUGGUCUCCCCUUCAAAGUGUUGUUUGUUGCAGGCCGACUCGGAGAGGCAGCAGCAAGCCUGGAUCACUGCCGUCCAAAACAGCAUCGCCUCAGCCUUUCAGGAGUGCAGGGAGGACCCAAACAGCCCAAGACAGCGCUGCAGUUCGGUGUCUGCGAGUAGUUUGUUAGGCGGGGGAGGAGGAGGGGGAGGAGGUGCAGAUCAGCAGAACGGGGGCUUCAAGGCGCUGGAGGAGGUUCAGUCGAUCCCAGGGAACCGGGAGUGCUGCGACUGCGGAGAGCCCGGUCCCGACUGGGCCUCCAUCAACCUGGGCAUCACGCUCUGUAUCGUCUGCUCGGGAAUACACAGGAGCCUGGGAGUCCAUUUCUCCAAAGUGCGCUCGCUCACUCUGGACUCCUGGGAGCCAGAACUCGUUAAGUUGAUGUGUGAAUUAGGAAACACAGUAAUCAACAGGAUCUACGAGGCGCGCGUCGAUAAUAUGACCCUCAAGAAGCCACAUCCCUCCAGUCCCAGAGGAGACAAGGAGUCUUGGAUUCGAUCAAAGUAUGUUGAGAAGAAGUUCAUCCAAAAGCUGCCGGAGACCGGCCGAAACUCUCUGCAGAGGCUGUCCAGUGGUAAAAAGGCCCGCGCGUCCACGCAGGACCGGACGGUGCAGCGGCCGCCGCUCAAACCCAAACCGAACCGAGCCACUCUGCCCAGGGUCACAGGUAAAGAAUGAGAGAAGGGAUGCAGA